GCGUUCUCUCUCUCUCUCUCUCAUCCCAAUCCCUCUCUCUAAGACUCUAACUAUAAUUUCCCCUUAAAAAUGUGAAUGAAAGACUCAUAUCUUUCAUUCCUCCUUCCUCAACCUUUCCUCACUCCCCUAUAGAAGAAUUAACCAAUACCUUCCUUCCUUCCUUCCUUCCCCCCUACCUCAGAAAAAUGAAACCAAACGCAUAUUAAUAUCAUUAAACUUCACAAGGACAUUGGGAUCUCUUUGUAGCUUCUAAGAGCUGUCCUCACUCACCGGGUCUCCAACAUCGGACAACAAUGUCGCCGUCGUUCGAUUGGUGGGGCAACAAGGAUGCCCGCCACAUGGGAACGCCGGUGGUCGUCAAGAUGGACAACCCCAACAACUGGUCCAUGGUCGAGCUCGAAGGCCCGUUGGACGACGACGACGACGAGAGCAGCUUCCUCGACGACGGCCCAAUGCCGGCCCACCACCGGCCCGAGAGAACCCGCAACAAGAACGCCAAGCAGCUCACGUGGGUCCUCCUCCUGAAGGCCCACCGCGCCGCCGGCUGCCUCACCUCCCUCGCCGCCGUCAUGCUCGGCCUCGCCGCCGCCAUCCGCCGCCGCGUCGCCGCCGGCAUCACCGACACCGACACCGACAAAAGAAACAAAUCCACCGCCAAAUCUCGUCUCUAUUUCUGCAUAAAGGCGUUCCUGUGGGUAUCUGUUAUACUGUUAGGGUUUGAGGUGGCGGCGUAUUUGAAGGGCUGGCAUUUCGGUUCUCUGCAGUUACAGUAUUUGCUUGUGUUGACGAAGGCGGUGGACAUUAAGGGCGUGUUUGGGUCGAUAUAUUCGAGGUGGGUUUUGAUUCGGGUGGAGUACUUGGCUCCUCCCCUUCAGUCCUUGACCAAUGGGUGCAUCGUGCUGUUUCUUGUUCAGAGUUUGGAUAGGGUAGUCCUGUGCUUGGGUUGCUUGUGGAUCAAAUUGAGGAAGAUUAAGCCCGUGCCCAAGGGAAACGGGCCGGAUCCGGAGUCAGGAGAGGGUGGCUUCUUUCCCAUGGUUCUUGUUCAGAUCCCAAUGUGCAAUGAAAAGGAGGUUUAUGCGCAAUCUAUUGGUGCUGUGUGCAAUUUAGAGUGGCCGAAAUCGAAAAUGUUAAUACAAGUUCUUGAUGAUUCGAAUGACCCAGUGGCCGCAAUGUUGAUCAGCGAGGAGGUUGAAAAGUGGCAGAAAGCGGGGGCUAACAUCGUCUAUCGGCACCGAGUAGACAGAGAGGGGUACAAAGCUGGUAAUCUCAAGUCUGCCAUGAAUUGCAGCUAUGUCAAGGACUAUGAGUUUGUUGCCAUGUUCGAUGCGGAUUUCCAACCCAAAGCUGAUUUCCUUCUAAAAACAGUUCCCCAUUUCGAGGAUAACGAGGAACUAGGGCUAGUUCAAGCAAGGUGGUCAUUUGUGAACGAGGAUGAGAACCUACUAACAAGGCUGCAGAACAUUAAUUUAGCUUUUCAUUUUGAGGUGGAGCAGCAAGUGAAUGGAGUUUUCCUCAAUUUCUUUGGGUUCAAUGGGACUGCUGGUGUGUGGAGAAUAAAGGCGUUGGAAGACUCCGGUGGGUGGUUAGAGAGGACCACAGUUGAGGACAUGGACAUUGCUGUUAGGGCUCAUCUCCAUGGAUGGAAAUUCAUCUUCCUCAAUGAUGUGGAGUGCCAAUGCGAAUUACCGGAAUCUUAUGAAGCCUAUAGAAAACAGCAGCACAGGUGGCAUUCUGGGCCAAUGCAGUUGUUUCGUCUUUGUUUGCCCGACGUUAUUCGAUCAAAGAUAAGCAUUUGGAAGAAGGCCAAUAUGAUUUUCCUGUUCUUCCUCCUAAGAAAGCUGAUUCUGCCCUUCUAUUCAUUCACUCUUUUUUGCAUAAUUCUCCCCAUGACAAUGUUUAUCCCAGAAGCCCAGCUUCCAGCAUGGGUCGUGUGUUAUGUCCCAGCUACAAUGUCAGUCCUCAACAUACUCCCAGCCCCAAAAGCGUUUCCUUUCAUGAUUCCCUACCUUCUUUUCGAAAACACAAUGUCAGUCACCAAGUUCAAUGCCAUGAUCUCCGGCCUAUUCCAACUUGGAAGCGCUUAUGAAUGGGUUGUCACCAAAAAAUCAGGCCGUUCCUCUGAGGGUGAUCUUCUAUCUUUGGUUGAAAAAGAGAAAAAGCAUCAAAGGGGUGAAUCGUUGCCCAAUUUAAAUGAAAUGAGGGAGGAAAUAAAACAGGAAAAGAUAAAGCAAAAGAAGCAUAACCGGAUAUAUACAAAAGAGCUAGCUUUGGCGUUUCUUCUUCUCACAGCUGCGGCAAGAAGCCUCUUGGCUGCUCAGGGUAUCCAUUUCUACUUCUUGCUGUUCCAGGGGAUUUCGUUCCUUUUGGUUGGUCUUGACUUGAUUGGUGAGCAGAUUGAGUAAAUGAAAGUUUAUGGGCUUUGUAACGGGUAAAUAUGUGAUCAUGUGAACGAAGAGGAAUUCAGCGAAGAUUGAACUGCUGAGAGUGUUGCUUUCUUGCAUACCCAACUUCGGCGUGAUAGGAGAGGAAUCGCAUGUCGAUCAACGCUGCAGAACACUUCAUUUAAGGUUAUAGGAAAAACCCAUUUGAAGAAGAUGGGGAUGUUCAUUACUAAAUAUCUAUAACAUUUUUCUUUGAGAUUUGUUGGUUUGUUUUUUGGUCUAUUCUUUUGUAAGAAAUAUUUUCCGGUCAAACAUCAGACACAGAAUUUAGUUACAGUUCAGUUAAACGAAGAAUGGGAUUCAGGCAAUGCUCUUAUUAGAGCUUUAUAGCGC